CGUGUUUGGCUUAGAUGCUGAGAUACUGAGCAAUCAUUAAUUCCACAGCAUCAAAUGCGCAUUAGGACCUGUAUUAUUAUACUCGGAAGGUGGAAAGUCAGUGCAGCAAUAGUUGCAUUCCAGCGCUGAUUGAUGUCUCCCCAUGCUUUGCCUUGAAGAUUGUUUGGGAACAAUGUUUGAAACGCCUUUACAAGAUCUAAAUAUUUCCAGAGUGUUUGAUGACAGAAUUAAUCUUAUAACAAGCUAAAUUGAGUUGAAGGAAAACUGUAUCCCACGAUGGCUUAAACCACAGAACUUUAAAUAUUAUCAACGUUUCUGAAAACUUCUAUCAACAUGGGUGCUCUGGGUGAUAGAAGAAUUAAAGCACAUGGUGAAAUUUAAUGGAAACAAUUUAUUGUUUCAGCGCUUAAUGUUUCUUAAAGUGACACUCCAGACUUUUGACACGCACAGAUAUGAAUUCAAGACACAUCUAUAUAAAACUGCCACAAACAAAGGAGUUUUGUAUUUUGGAAUUUAUUUCAGUCGAUUUGAUUUUUGGUGACCGAAUUGAAUGACUAUUUUAUCAUUAUUUAUUUUUUAGAUGGAAACGCUCACUGGUAAUGGAACUGCUGAGUGUAAAGUAGAUGUCACAUUUGUCAAUAACGUUUAUGCUAUCACUUACACUAUUAUAUUGAUCCCUGGGCUGAUUGGAAAUGUGCUUGCUUUAUGGAUCUUUUAUGCUUACAUCAAGGAGACUAAGCGAGCCGUAAUAUUUAUGAUUAAUCUUUCCAUCGCUGACUUACUGCAAGUUCUUUCUCUACCACUCAGGAUAUUUUACUACCUGAAUCAGUCGUGGCCUUUCAGCCAUUUCGUCUGUAUGUUUUGUUUCUACCUGAAAUAUGUGAAUAUGUACGCAAGCAUAUUUUUCUUAAUGUGCAUUAGUGUAAGAAGGUUUUUGUAUGUCAUUUAUCCUUUUAAAUUCAAAGACAGAAAGCGAAUCUGUGAUGUGUAUGUCAGCGUUGUCGGAUGGAUAUUUGUAUGCGUCAGCUGUUUGCCAUUUCCACUGCUAAGAAUUAGCAAUAACGCAACUGCAAAUGACCGCUGUUUUGUGGAUCUUCCCCUGGUGGAUAUUGGGAUGACCAAUUCUGUGUUGUUAGUGACAUUAGCAGAGCUGUUUGGAUUUGUCACCCCGCUACUAAUUGUUUUAUAUUGCUCCUGGAGGACUAUAAUGUCAUUGAAAGAGCCAGACUCAAUUUCGCAGGACCUUGGAGAAAAGAAAAAAGCUCUGAAGAUGAUCUUGACAUGUGCUGUGGUAUUUUUGAUCUGCUUUGCCCCUUAUCAUUUUAGCUUCCCCUUAGACUUUUUGGUAAAAGCCAAUAAAAUAACUCAGUGCAAGCAAAGGAAGGCUAUCCUGACAUUACAUCCAGUGGCCUUGUGCCUUGCCAGCUUGAACACCUGUCUAGAUCCCAUCAUCUAUUACUUUACAACAGAUGAAUUUAAAAGAAGGCUAUCGAGACAAGAUAUAGCAGACAGCAAUGAGCUGCAGAUGUCCUGCAAUGAAGCCUUUGUAAAGAGAAAUUCAAGACCAGAACUAUAGCUUUUAUAUUUCAGUAUUUUGUGACAAACCUACAGUUGAUAUAAUUUGAUACCAGACCAGAAUCCAUACACCCACACUUUACUGUGACCUUUACUGUGACCUGCCUGCUGAUAUACUAUUUGUAACUACUGACGCUUCCAGAUACAACUGAAAGAAUCCUGGUUCUCCUCAACUGAAAGAAUAAAGGUUUAAAUUCAUUUAAAAAUAAAAAAAAUAUUUUAUUCAGAACAAAAAUACACAUUUUUGGAAUUUCAUCAUAAAAACUAGAAACCUUGGGGGUCAUUUAUUAACACCGGGCAAAUUUGCCCGUGGGCAGUUACCAAU